GGAAGCCAUGGCGGCGACUUCGGCACCUCAGCGUGGAGUCACAAAAUUCAAGAAAGGGAGAAGAUUUCUACCCUCUGCUAGAUUUAGGAAAAAGGGAAUAAAAGUUGUUGGAAAGUGGAAACCUGUGAAGAUUGACCCUCAUGUGUUUGCUGAUGGGCAGCUUGAGGACUUAGUGUGUUUUGAAGAGCUUCAUGAUUAUAAAUUGGUAGGUACCUCAAAACUUUCAUCGAGAGAAAAACCAAAAAAGAGAAGAUCACAGGUUGUGGCAUCUGAGGAAGAAGUAGAAGAAGAAACAACUUUUCAGCCUAAAAAGAAGAGGAAGAAGAACAAAGACUGGGGACCUGAGAUAACCAUAAAGAACAAAAAUUCUUCAGUGGCAGAUGAGAACCUAACUUCCCAGGAAGUUGUUCUCCACGAUGUACUUGACACAGAUGGUGAGGAUGGUCUCCAAGAAGACAAGGCUGUAGAGACUAUAAGCCCUCCCAAAACCAUGCAGAAAAAGAAGAAAAAAUCAGGGAAAAAAGCACAACCUUCUCAGGCUGCUCCUUCAAAAGCUCCCCAUAAAGUAAAGACUUGGACAACCAAGUUGGAUGAUCAGAAGGCCGAUGUCUCUGCCUGGAAGGACCUUUUUGUGCCUGAGCCAGUCCUGCAGGCAUUGAGCUCUAUGGGUUUCAGUGCUCCAACUCCUAUUCAAGCUUUGGCUUUGGCCCCUGCCAUCCGAGAUAAUCUGGAUAUCCUUGGAGCUGCAGAAACAGGAAGUGGGAAGACCCUUGCUUUUGCCAUCCCAAUGAUUCACUCAGUGUUGCGCUGGAAGGAUGAAGAGAAAGAGAUCCACCAGGGGCAGGCUGGAAUUCACUCUGCAGAUGGAGAGUCACUAGGAGAUGCGGAUGAUUCUUCUGAUGACAGUAAUGAAAUGUUGAAUCCUCUGCCAGCGGAAAGAGAAGAAGAGAGGGAUGAAAACCCAUCUCACAGUCCAGGUGAUGAAGAGGAGUCAGGUGAUAUCAGGCUGGAGUUUGAGCAUGAAAAGGCUGCUGGUCACAGAAAUCGGAGUAACCCUUUGCUUGGACUUGUUCUGACACCUACUAGGGAACUGGCUGUCCAAGUCAAACACCAUAUUGAUGCUGUAGCCAAGUUUACAGGUAUCAGAACUGCUCUCCUGGUUGGGGGGAUGGCUCCGCAGAAGCAACAAAGGAUGCUCACUCGUCGGCCUGAAAUUGUGAUCGCCACCCCUGGGCGCCUGUGGGAGCUGAUUAAAGAGCAGCAUCAGCACCUCUCUGAUCUCAAGCAGCUCAGGUGCCUUGUGAUCGAUGAAGCAGAUAGAAUGGUGGAAAGAGGCCACUUUGUUGAACUCUCCCAGUUGCUGGAAAUGCUGAACGACAGUCAGUAUAAUCCUCAAAGACAGACAUUUGUAUUUUCUGCCACGCUGACUUUGGUCCACCAGGCACCUGCUAGAGUGUUUCAAAAGAAAAACGCCAAGAAAAUAGACAAGACAGGCAAGCUGGACAUGCUGAUGCAGAAGAUUGGGAUGAGGGGCAAACCAAAGGUGAUAGACUUAACAAGGAAGGAGGCCACAGUAGAGACCUUGACAGAGACCAAAAUCCAUUGCGACAAAGAAGAGAAGGACUUCUACCUCUAUUACUUCCUGUUGCAGUACCCGGGGAGAACCAUGGUCUUUGCCAAUAGCAUUGACUGCAUCAAGCGCCUCACGGCACUGCUCUCCAUUCUGGACCGAGAUCCGCUUCCUUUGCAUGCAAACAUGCACCAGAAACAAAGACUAAAGAACCUGGAGCGCUUUGCUGAACGAGACAAUGCUGUUCUCCUAUCGACAGAUGUGGCUGCUCGGGGCUUGGAUAUUCCAGAUGUUCAGCACGUCAUCCAUUAUCAGGUCCCUCGAACCUCAGAGAUAUAUGUCCAUCGGAGUGGCCGAACGGCCCGAGCAGCUAAGGAAGGUCUUAGUUUGUUGCUAAUUGGACCAGAUGAUAUGAUCAAUUUCAAGAAGAUUUACAAGACUCUGGAGAAGAACGAGGAGAUUCCAUUAUUCCCCAUUGAAAUAAAAUGCAUGAAAGCAAUCAAGGAGCGAGUAAAUUUAGCACGCCAGAUCGAGAAGGAGGAAUACUACAAUAGCCGAGCAAAGCAGCACAACGCCUGGUUUCAGCAAGCUGCUGAUGCUCUUGAAAUAGACCUGGAUGAUGAUGUCUUCAUAGGAGGGAGGCAUAGUGAACAAGAAGAGAGUCAGAAACAAAGGAUGAUGAAGGGCAUGAAAAAACAGUUAAAACAUCUGCUUUCCCAGCCUGUAUUUAAAAACCUCAUGAAGACCAAGUAUCCGACACAGUUUGGAAAGCUGACGCUACCCGAGAUGCCCGUGCACACUGCUGAAUCUGCUCUGAGUACUGUAUCCAAACAGAAGAAGAAGAGAAAGAAGAAACAACUAAUUACGAGUACAAAUUAACUUUGGACAGACCAAGACUUGUUGGUGACAAUCGUGUGGUGCCUUUGUGCAUCUCUCUUCCUCACCGCUGCGCUUGUGGGAAUAGCAUCGUCCCCCCCAACUCCCCCAACCUCUUCUCACUUCAGGAAAAACAAUCCAGUAUGCAGUUAGAACAUCAAGAAUAAGGUGUUCCUUGUCCCAUUCAUCCUGAUGCUGCUGCAUCCUUAACAUGUGUGGGUAGAUUUUUAAAAAAAUUAAAGCCCUGGCCUC